GGUGGAGAUCACACAUAAGGUGUUUCAGCAAACAUCUAGCAUCCCUUUCAGCAAGGUGUUUGAUGGACACAAACAUGACAACAAAUCAGAAGGCUUCACAAUGCCGCGCAAUAGAUGUUGAAGCAAAGCAUUUUUAUUUUCUUCCCUCGCAUGAAAACAUGCAAGUUUUAACUGAUUCAUUUAGCUUUGUAUCAACAUCCAGACGGAUUCGCACAUGUUAAGUAAGAUCUACACGUUCAAAUUCUAACAGCAUCUUGGAAAGAGUGGCUGAGAAAACCAAGGUUAGGCUUUUUUCU